CGCUGCUUCGAGGCGCUACCAACAAACCAAAGCAACCUCCGCAGAUCACAGAUCAGAAGAGAGUUCCCCCCUUAUGGCAUCGUGGAAUAUGUUCAAGCUACUCGGCCUCACGCUGCUCUGCACGGCGGUUCUGGCGCGCCCCGAGCCUCCGGUCAACUCCUACCUCCCGCCGUCCGAUAGCUAUGGAGCGCCCGGCCAGAGCGGCCCAGGAGCACAGGGCGGUCGUCCCUCGGAUUCGUAUGGUCCUCCCGGCCUAGGACAAGGACAAGGACAAGGACAGGGACAGGGACAAAGACCGGGACAAGGCGGCUUUGGCGGCAAACCCUCCGACAGUUAUGGUGCCCCAGGUGCUGGUGGCAACGGCGGCGGCGGCGGACGUCCCUCCAGCAGCUAUGGCGCUCCAGGACAAGGCCAGGGUCAGGGCCAGGGUCAGGGUGGCUUUGGCGGACGUCCCUCCGACUCUUAUGGCGCUCCAGGAGCUUCUGGUAAUGGCAAUGGCAACGCUGGACGUCCUUCAAGCAGUUACGGUGCUCCGGGCCAAGGACAAGGCGGUCGUCCUUCGAGCAGCUAUGGUGCUCCAGGUGCAGGAUCCGGCGGUCGUCCCUCAGACUCUUACGGCGCCCCAGGACAGGGCCAAGGACAGGGACAAGGACAAGGACAAGGACAAGGCGGUUUUGGCGGUCGCCCAUCGGACUCUUAUGGGGCUCCUGGUAAUGGUAAUGGCAAUGGCAAUGGCGGUGGCGGCAGCGGCAGCGGUGGUCGUCCCUCCAGCAGCUACGGCGCUCCCGGACAGGGCCAAGGACAGGGCCAGGGCCAAGGUGGUUUCGGCGGACGUCCUUCCGACUCUUAUGGCGCUCCAGGAGCUUCCGGCAAUGGCAAUGGCAACGCUGGACGUCCUUCCAGCAGUUAUGGUGCCCCUGGCGCUGGUUCUGGUUUCGGUUCCGGCUCGGGCGGUCGCCCCUCCGACUCUUAUGGUCCUCCUGCCUCCGGUGCAGGAGCUGGCGGUUCCGGCGGACCUGGCGGCAGUGGCGGCGCUGACUACGACAAUGAUGAGCCGGCCAAGUACGAGUUUAAUUACCAGGUCGAGGACGCCCCCAGUGGGCUCUCGUUCGGGCACUCAGAGAUGCGCGACGGUGACUUCACCACCGGCCAGUACAAUGUCCUCUUGCCCGACGGAAGGAAGCAAAUCGUCGAGUACGAGGCGGACCAGCAGGGCUACCGGCCACAGAUCCGCUACGAGGGCGAGGCCAACGAUGGCAGCGGCGUCAGCGGUCCUGGUGGCCAGAAUCUGGGCGCCGAUGGCUACUCGAGCGGCCGUCCUGGCGGUAAUGGCAACAGCGGCGGACGACCAGGUGGACAGGAUCUCGGCCAGGGUGGCUACUCUGGUGGACGGCCUGGAGGUCAGGACUUGGGACAGAACGGCUACUCUGGCGGACGCCCUGGUGGCCAGGAUCUCGGCCAAAAUGGUUACUCUGGUGGUCGUCCAGGGGGUCAGGAUCUCGGACAGAAUGGCUAUUCCGGUGGUCGACCAGGUGGCCAGGAUUUAGGACAGAAUGGUUACUCUGGCGGUCGUCCAGGAGGUCAGGAUCUCGGACAGAAUGGUUACUCAAGCGGACGGCCUGGCGGCAACGGUGGCAACGGUGGGAACGGCGAUGGCGGACGCGUGACCAUCGCGGGACGCAUCACUGGUCCGGAUGGCAACGACCAGGGUCAAGGCUUCUCCGGCGGUCGUGCUGCAGGCAACGCUGGACGCCAGGGCGGUGGUCAGGAUCUCGGACGCGAAGGCUACUCCGGCGGACGUCCAGGUGGUCAGGACUUGGGACAGGGUGGCUACUCCGGCGGACGCCCAGGUGGUCAGGAUCUCGGCCAGAAUGGCUACUCCAGCGGCAAGCCAGCUCAAGGACAGGGUCAGGGCCGCAACGGCUUUGGUCCCGGUGGCCAGAAUGGCGACAACGAUGGCAGUGGCUACAGAUACUAGGGCGGCGGACAGGACAGGAUAACACAGGACACUCUCACACGUAGAUCGAUUCCAGGACACAUUAGCUAGAGAAACUUUUCAGUAAUUAGAGCUUAAGAACCUUCCCCUAGAACCUUCUGACCCUCAGCCCUCUCCCGCCCAUUCUUAGGCCAAUUUCGAAGCUCCAUUUCCAUCUCUUACUCAUCUUCGGGGUCCCUAAUCCCGCUCUAUCAUCAUCCCCUGAGGACUCCCCGUUUAGCUUAAGUUUCAUCUUAUUGUUGUAGCUGCAAAAUGCAAAGAAAAUAACACAAAAAAAAAAAGAACAGCAGAAGGAAAUGCUGAGAGAAAUGAUUACAAAA